AUGGCAUAUCCGUCUCUUUGGCAGAGUACGCAAGCAUCGUGCCCCCUCCCUCACUCCCACUUCUGGUCUAGGGUAAUCCAGGCUGUCAGAGUCUCGCUGGACCCUUUUCUCAGCGUCGUAGCGACAUGGAGCUUUAGCGUUGUAAAUCCUGAAUAA